AAGAAAAUAUUUAUCUUGAUAAAAAUUUUAUUGUUAAAAUAAUAUUUCUGAAAUUAUUGAUGAUGAUAUUUCAGAUGAUAUUAGCUCUAAUCAAGAAAAAGAUGAAAGAAAUUGCUUCUAAUAAUGAAGAUGAUAUUAGUGAAAAUGAAACUAAUAUUAGUCAAGAAAAUGAAGAAAAUGAAGAAAAUGAUAUAGAAACAGAUGAUAAAACAAAUUUUAGAUCUAUUGUUCAUUAA